AUGGCAGAUGCGAGGAUCUCUCGACUCUCCACACGUACCAAGUCCGACACAUCAGCUCCCUCACGGAUCCAAUUGGUAGACAAACACACAGGAAAGUGCAAGGCUGGAGACCUGAACAUGAGCCUCAUGGAUAUUGAUGACUUCGGCCUGAGAAGCAAAGUCGCGCAACUGAUGGCCGUAGCACCUGCGCUUGCUAUCAUAGAUCUCUAUCACCUCAUCGUUGAUAGUGAAGGUAACCUAUCGCGAGCAAGGAAACAAGCUAUUAAAAUGAGCGAGGCGCCAGCAGCACAGUAUCGGCCUGGCUUAGAUGCAGAUGGGGAUGACAUCAUGGUGAAGAUAGAUCCAAAUGACCCAGCUUUCGAAUGGGACGACGAUGAGCCCCAACCUGAAUUAGACGCUACCACUACAAUUCGCCCAUUGAAGCCGAAGCCGAGGCCGAAGGCAAAGUCAAAGUCAGGCAGCAAUGCUGCAAAGUCUAAAAACCUACAUAAUGCUGCUAAAUCAACUAAAAGUACGAAGUCAGACACAAAACACCGCUCAAACAUAUGUGCCAAACGAACAAAGUCGGUGCUUCUCAACCUUACACAUACAAGGGAAACUAGCAGCGACCGCGACUUUGUCGUUCUUGGCAACGUCAUCCACUACGAUGCCGAUUUCAAUGUCUCCAAUGAUUCCGAUCAAUCUACUGGCACUCAUGUGCGCAACAGACGCGUAGACAGCGAUGCUGAGAUGUUGGAUGGCGAUGAUCAACUAGACCUGGAUAUAGACAUGCAGCCGCGUUUUGCAUAUAACGCGAGGUUGUUGAGAAAUAUAAGAAAAGCUAGAAAGACAUAA